UUUCCAAAAAAAUUAGGAAAAACUUCCUGCAAGAGGAGGAGAGGCAUGCCAAGCUUCAGUUUGAAGUCCGUCUCCUUUUAAGCCAAGGCGCACUUCGAAGCGCGCACAGUCCUCCAAGUUCUCCAUCUUGACGGAUACAUUUUCCUCACCACGGCUUCAAAGGUGGACACCGUUUUCUCCUCUCCACCCUUGCAUUUCUUCAAGAAAGAAAUGGAAGAGGGCUCCAGUUCCCCGGUGUCCCCGGUGGACAGCCUGGGAAGCAGCGAGGAGGACAUGGACCGCCAGCACAAGCGCUGCACCAGGAAGAGGACACCCAGCAAAAAGUCCGCUGAGGACAGCAGCAGCAGCAGCGGCCUCAGUCCGGGGCCCGUGAAGCGGCCCAAGAAGCCGAGUCCGACCGGUACGCAGUCUUACGAGGAGCUCCAGAACCAGCGGGUGCUGGCCAACGUCCGAGAGAGGCAACGGACGCAGUCUCUCAACGAGGCCUUUGCGUCUUUACGCAAGAUCAUCCCCACUCUGCCGUCGGACAAACUGAGCAAGAUCCAGACGCUGAAGCUGGCUUCCAGGUACAUCGACUUCCUGUGUCAGGUGCUGCAGAGCGACGAGAUGGACAACAAGAUGUCCAGCUGCAGCUACGUGGCCCACGAAAGACUCAGCUACGCCUUCUCCGUGUGGAGGAUGGAAGGCGCUUGGUCCAUGUCUACCUCCCACUAACAUCUGCGCACCUUCAAGGAUGCCCAAAGCGACUGUCUGAACUCUCCAAAAUCAAAUGGAUUAUUGAGCAGCCCACAAACCUGAGUGGCAUUGAGACGUAAUGUGACACACACACGCACACACACACACACACGUGUGCAUUGAGGAGUGUGUGGCUGCAGAUUGACCACACUGCCUCUGGCAGGCUGUUGUUGAGCUGUUGAAAGAAGAAGAAGAAAGCAAAGCGCUGUGGUUGAGGAUGAUAGCUCGGAUAUUCCAGCAAAUCUACAUGAAGGAUAUAUAUUUUGUUCCCCAAAGACUUUAAAACCAAAGUAUAUAUAAAUGAAUGCAUAUUGUACAUACCUGUGUAAGUGUGCCUAUAGCCUGCAAAGGGGCCAAUGCAUCAUUCGCAGACAUUCUCUCUUUUUGUACAUUUGUGCUUAUUUAUUAAAACAUAUUUUUGAACAAAAA